AUGGCAAAGCCGGCGCUUCCACGUGUCCUCUUCGGCACGUCCGCGCUCGGCAACCUCUUUGUGGAGCCGACGCACGACGAGAAGAAAGCCGUCGUCGAGCAGGUCCUCAAGGCCGUGCCGACAGCCCUCUUCGACAGCGCAGGCAAGUACGGUGCCGGUCUAGCGCUCGAGGAGCUCGGCCGCUGCCUCGAGGAGCUCGGCGUGGAGCCGGAGCAGGUUCUCAUCAGCAACAAGCUCGGCUGGAAGCGCGUCCCGCUCACCACGCCCGAGCCGACCUUUGAGCCCGGCGCGUGGGUCAACCUGAAGAAUGACGCCGUCCAGGCCAUUUCGUACGACGGCAUCAUGGAGUGCUACCGGCAGGGCAACGCGCUUCUCGGAAAGUACGAGGCGCGCAUCGUGUCAGUGCACGACCCCGACGAGUACCUGGGCGCGGCGGCCGACGAGGCGGACCUCGAGGCGCGGAGGGCGGACGUGCUCGGCGCCUACCGCGCACUCGCGGAGCUGAAGGCGGUCUUCAACGCCGGCUUCCUGAUCGGCGGCGACCACCUCGACUACGUCAAGAUCACCCGCGAGAGCCGGCCCGACGCCUUUGCGUGGCGCGAGAAGUUCACCGCGCUCUGCGGCGAGUUUGGCGUCUCCCCCGCGGCGGUGUGCGUGCAGUUCAGCUUCCUCUUCCCCCAGAUCGUCGCCGUGGCCCUCAACACGACGAAGCCUAGCCGGGUGCAGUCCAACGUCGAGCUGGCCAACGCGAGCAUACCGCCCGCGCUCUGGAGGCGGAUGAGAGAAGAGGGGCUCAUCUCGAUCGAUGUGUGA